AUGGUUGCACCGCGGACGACCGGAUGGGGCUCUUCUAUAUAUCUCCCGAACCGUGAACAUUUUACCGUCCUAUCUUUUGGAUGUGCCGACCAAUUUAUGGUCGUCUAUGAAGUUUGGUGGACUUUGAACAUACGGUUGAGGAGUUGGCCGAGAUUGGUUCUCCAUGCAUGUGCCAUGGCCGAGAGAAAUAGGCCGGAUGGAAUUUCUUCAAAUCCACUCGGGCCAAUUGAGAUGUUCUUCGACCAAAGUGAUUUUCUAACUCUUAUUUAUCUUUGCCAUGUGGUGCGCGCCUUGUUCCUUGGGAUUGGGUAUGUUCCUCCUUUAAAACCUUCCUUAAACCUCCAUAGGUAUGAUGGUUGUGGUCGGCUAUAG